ACAUGUUAAGUUGACUAUUAUAGCCGUUCGCUUCGAAUCAGCUGACGGAAAGAGAAACUGCGUUAUACUACUUGUUCAUUAAUAAUUUCACGGUUUGGUAGCUCUAAUAUUUUAAUUAGAGAUGGGGGCUUGUAUGGCGUUGUGCUCUCUUGCGAGCUGUGCAUCGUGUUUGUGUGGCACCGCUCCAUGUCUGCUGUGUGGCUGCUGUCCUUCUAGCAACAACUCCACCAUCACACGGCUGGUCUUCUCUUUCUUCCUUUUGUUGGGCACAUUGGUAUCUGUAAUAAUGAUCUUGCCUGGCAUGGAGACACAGCUUCGUAAGAUUCCUGGAUUUUGUCAAGGGGGAACCACAAUACCAGGGAUUCAGAACCAUGUUAACUGUGACGUGAUUGUGGGAUACAAAUCAGUGUACCGUAUGUGCUUUGCUAUGGCUUGCUUCUUUUUCUUGUUCUCUGCUAUCAUGAUUCGCGUUCGGAGCAGCAAAGACCCUCGCGGAGCCAUUCAGAACGGGUUUUGGUUCUUUAAGUUUUUGAUAUUAGUUGGUAUCACCGUUGGAGCCUUUUUCAUCCCCGAUGGAACAUUUCAUGAUGUUUGGUUCUACUUUGGUAUUGUGGGCUCCUUCAUGUUUAUCCUGAUCCAGCUCAUCCUCCUGAUUGACUUUGCCCACUCUUGGAAUGAAGUAUGGGUGAGGAAUGCUGAGGAGGGCAAUAGCAAGUGUUGGUUCUCAGGUCUGCUGUUCUUCACCAUUAUUCACUAUGCCCUGGCUUUCGCCGCUAUUGUGCUGUUUUAUCUGUACUACACGAAACCCGACGACUGCACCGAACACAAGUUCUUCAUUAGCUUCAACCUUAUUCUCUGUGUCAUCGUAUCUGUGGUUUCCAUUCUGCCCAAAGUGCAGGAUGCUUCACCUCAGUCUGGUCUGCUUCAGUCAUCUGUUAUCACUUUGUACACUAUGUAUGUCACCUGGUCCGCCAUGACUAACAAUCCUAAUCGGGCAUGUAAUCCUAGUCUACUCAGCCUAGUGUCCAACGUAACCACAGUUACACCCACGAGCUCUCCGGGGGUGGUACAGUGGUGGGAUGCUCAAGGCAUUGUGGGAUUGGUCAUCUUUCUAUUUUGCACCUUCUAUGCCAGCAUCCGUUCAUCCAACAACGCUCAGGUAAAUAGGCUGAUGCAGACAGAAGAGGGAGGGGGAUCUGAUGGUGUUGAGGAGGUGGGCAAAGAUGGUGUGCGGCAUGCCGUUGAUAAUGAGGAGGACGGUGUCACGUACAGCUACUCCUUUUUUCACUUUCACCUUUUCCUGGCCUCUCUUUACAUCAUGAUGACUCUCACUAACUGGUACAAACCUGACGUCAGCACCCAGGCCAUGCAAAGCACAAUGCCUGCAGUGUGGGUCAAGAUCAGCUCCAGCUGGCUGGGUCUGGCCCUCUACCUGUGGACCCUUGUGGCUCCUCUGGUUUUGCCCGACCGAGACUUCAACUGAGCUUGACUCUUCACCUAAUCAAAGCUGUGUGUGGUAAAAUAUUACAAAACUCCAAAAACUAUAAAGUACCUAUGAAGAUUUAAAGUAAUUCAGUAUCAAGAGUUCAAGUUAAUCUUAAGGUCAACAAUUUAAACACAUCCUAAAAAUGACAUGAUCAUUUCACUGUUAGUGAUUUGGAUUAUAGGGCUGUUAGGUUUGAAAAACAACAAAAAGUGUAUAUACGGUUUAGCACUCCAUAUGGCCUUACAUCAAGUAUUGUAAAUGGUCCAAAAAUGACUCCUGACAUUUUGUUCAGUAAACCGCACACUAAGAGUGACUGGACACUUUUUUUGCACAUGCUUCCUUUUUGAAUUCCUUAUGUUUAUGAAUAAUGUUCACAGAUUUGUAUAAGCACACUGCUGCCCCUUUCUAAUCUUUUAAUGUUGUGUGAUGAGCUGCCUCCGUCUGACCACACAUGAUGUAUAAAUGGGGUAAAUUAAUAAAAUAGGAUUGAUCGCGCUAUAUAGCUUCUACUGUGCUGUUGAUACAGAUUCAAUUAUGCUGUCGUAGUUUUAUACCUCUUUGCUCUUAUUUCUAGUUCAGUAUGGCUAUUUACGUGUUUUUUUUAAAUCAUUACUAGUUUGAUUCUUACUACAUUAAAGUAAAAGCACUCCUUAUGUGUUUGAGUUGAGCUGCGCAGCCACACAUUUUCAACAGGUGCACCCAAUAACUGUCCUAUAGAGACCAUCAACUUAGUGGUCUUGCCACGAAUACAAAUAUGCAUGUUAUUGCUGCUAAAAACCUUCACUACCUGAAGAAAAAAUGCUUUUACAGAGAUUGCAUUUUAACAUCAGGGUCUUCUUCAAUAUACUGUAUAAUACACAAUAAUAUAGAAUACAGUUCAGAAAGUUCACCGCGAUCACGCACUUUUCUUAAGCAAUGUCUGCGCUGAGGGGCCGGUGGGAAGCCCAUGCGUUGUGGGGGGCUUAUGCAGGGGCUUAUGUGUUCAUACCAGACCCUCUAUAGAGCCUCAUACUGUAGAACUUGUGCAUGCAGAAGAUAAGCCCAAAAUGACACACCCAUUCUUGGUAGCGUUCACUACACUACACUGCAUUCCCAUGGGGGUCCCCCAUUUACGAUGGUCCCAGUGCCAUGAAAAAUAGAUAUAUAGUGCUUUAAUAUUGAUCAAUAGUACAAAUUAUGGUGCUGUCAGUCCAUCAAAGGCAAAUGUUUACCUAUUGUGCUUGUCGUUCGGUAGAAAUGUGUGCGUGCUGAGUAACGUGCAUUAAAAUAAUACCUACGUAUAGUUCAGGGCUGGAUAGUUGAUCAUUGAUGUGUAUAAUUGAUUGGUAAUCUUUUCAUCUGUGUCAUUUCGGAACUUUCAUAUGUAGAUUUUUUAUUUAGCAAAUGCUGGAGUAAAAUUAAAUUCAGUUAAAUAACGUAAAUUGUUCACUUUUUUAACAUUGCUGAAAACAUCUUGGUGAAUUUCAUAACUAUAUAGGCAUUGUUGAUGUGUAUGCCUCAAGUCAUUAGGUUUUGUGAACACGUAAUGCGCUAUGCUUGUAACAGGAAUAAUCUAAUUGUCUUGUGAAGUACAUACUGUAUAUUCAAUCUUUUUUCUUACAUGCACUAUAAAUGCUGGUGUUUUUUAACCCAAUGUUGAACCUAACCUUUUGGGUGGUUUUAACCCUUUAUUGGGUUAAUUUAACCCAAUGGCUAGGUUUAUCCUUUUAGAUGCAACACUGGAUUGAAAAAUAACCCAUCUAUUUUUUUUUUUAGAUUGUGUAUGCAUGACAAUUCAUCUGUAGUCUAUUAUUAGUAGCAACAUGCAAGAUCAGUAAUUUUCUUUAAUAAUUCUUCAUGUGCCUUUCUGGAUAUAUAGCUUGUCUUAUCAAAAGUAACCAGGUAUAUUCAGUCUGGGGAAGAAGUGCCUUUUUCAUGUUUUGUAACAUUUAAUUUUUCAAACCAUGUACAAUUACAUACCGUAUACGUGGAAGUGAUAUUUUAGCAAUCUGGUGUUGUUUGAUCUGUGCUUAUGCUGUAUAUAUUUCAAUAAACCCAUAUAACUCAU